AUGGUGAUGGAGGGCAUGGAGGUGCUGAAGAUGCAGAAGAUCAUUCUCGAGAAUGGUGUAUUUCAAGAGAUGCAAGCAGUGAAGGAGUAUGAUAUUGUUAGUGGCUUCUCACUACUUGCAAAACUUAAUGGACAUAGCGACAUUGUCAUGGGCAUCGCACUUCCUUCGAGCUCUGACAAGCUGUACUCCGAAAAUAGGGACAAGACAGUGUGUAUUUGGAACUACCACACAGGGCAAUGUGUUGAUGCGAUGGACAUGUCGAGCAAGGUUUGUUGUUUGAAGAGUGAAGGCCCUUGGCUAUUUUUGGGCUCGAAGAAUGUAGUCAAGGCUUGGGGGAUCGCUAAGGAAGGAGAUCACUUGGAGAUGAUCAACACUUACAAAGAAGAACAUGUCCUUAAGCUUCGGCGCAUUGAAAACACACAAGGCAAGCCCAUCAUGUUGUGCUUGUGUAACGACAACCUUGUUCGCUUGUAUGACUAG